AUGACGCACUGCGGUUUGGAAGUUGUUCUUCCCGACGGAUCAUUGGUAAGAACGGGCAUGGGUGCUUUGCCCAACCCAAAAGCAGACAAGAACGCGCCGCCCCACGAGCAAGAGCCGAAUGAGUGCUGGCAGCUGUUUAACUACGGUUUUGGCCCGCAUCACGAUGGAAUCUUUUCUCAAUCCAACAUCGGAAUUGUAACAAAGAUGGGCGUUUGGCUCAUGCCCAACCCGGGUGGCUCGCAGACGUACAUGAUCACCUUUCCCCGUGAUGAUGAUCUGAAUCGCAUUGUCGAGAUCAUGCGGCCCCUGCGAGUUUCCAUGAUUCUCCAGAACGUGCCAAAGCUGGACAAUCUCCUUGUCAGCGCGGCUAUGGAGGGGGCUUGCAGCUCUUAUACCAAUUCCAAGGAGCUUAUGACGGAUGCUUAUCUUGAUGCCAUUGCUGAGAAGCUAGGCCUUGGCCGCUGGAACUUUUACGGCUGCAUAUACGGACCGCCAGAGGUGCGCGAAGUUCUCUGGAAGGUCAUUAAAGGCGCCUUCAGCCAGAUCCUGGGUACCAAGUUCUACUUUCCGGAGGACCGGCCUCACGACAAGGCGCUGCAAACGAGAAAGAAUACAGUUGUGGGAAUCCCGUCUAUCACUGAAUUGGACUGGGUAUCAUGGCUGCCAAAUGGUGGGCAUCUCUUCUUUGCGCCCAUCGCCAAGCUCACUGGGGACGAUGCCGAGGCUCAGUACGAGCUGACGCGCCGUCGCAGCGAGGAGUUUGGUUUUGAUUUCCUCGGCGCGUUCCUUGUUGGUGUGCGCGAGAUUCAUCACAUUGUUUGCAUCCUCUUCGAUCGAGAGGACCCCGAGAUGCGCACUCGCGCACACGAGCUCAUCAAGCUUCUGAUUCAGGAAGCGGCGGAUCGUGGAUGGGUCGUGCCCAUCUGGCGCUGA